GCGUUUAGUGCACCUGGCACCAAACUGAUUUCUUUACAGACGUUUUCUCGUGUCAUGCCAGCAUCUUGUUUGGCUCUUAGUUUUAAUUUUCACAUUCCGGGCAUGGCUUAACCCCGUGCUCAUUUUGGAGCUGAAGGCCAGAGAAGUUGAGAAAAUAAGCCCAAGUGCGCACAGCACCUCGUCGGCAGCGCUGGGACCGAAGCCGUGCCCUGCGUGCGCCACAGACCCGGCUCCCUCUGGCGGGUCUCCAGGGCACAUGCUCGCCUCCCGCUCGGCCGCGCUUGGGCCUCUGGCCUUGCCGUAGUGUACAGCUCCGCCUCUUCGAACUCCACCGGAGUCCGCUUGUCUGCCGGCUCCUGUUGGCCAAUCACUGCGGGCUUAGGAUAAACGGGAGGCGGGGACAAGGCGGGGCCCUCGCGAGAUUGGCGGAAGCUUCAGCCACUCGCAUGAGGUGACGCGGAGAUAAGACAGUGAGUCGGUCCAAUAGGCGUGAAUCCUGAGGCGGGCGCAAGCCAAUGCGGUCGGGAGGCGGGGCUCGGUGUGUGUAUAGAAGUUGCCCAGAGGCUUAUAGCCUCUGUCGCGGCGUCGGGUGCGCAGAGCUGCUACGCGCGUCCUCAGACGUGGCCUUCGCCACCGCCAUGAGCUACACAGGCUUUGUCCAGGGAUCUGAAACCACUUUGCAGUCAACGUACUCAGACACCAGCGCUCAGCCUACCUGUGAUUAUGGCUAUGGAACUUGGAACUCUGGGACAAACAGAGGCUACGAAGGCUAUGGCUACGGCUAUGGCUAUGGCCAGGAAAACACCACCAACUAUGGGUAUGGUAUGGCCUCUUCACACUCUUGGGAAAUGCCUAGCUCUGACACAAAUGCAAAUCCUAGUGCCUCGGGUGGUGCCAGUGCCGAUUCCGUUUUAUCCAGAAUUAACCAGCGCUUAGAUAUGGUGCCGCACCUGGAGACAGACAUGAUACAAGGAGGCGUGUACGGCUCGGGAGGAGAAAGAUAUGACUCCUACGAGGCCUGUGACUCGAGGGCUGUCCUGAGUGAGCGCGACCUGUACCGGUCAGGCUAUGACUAUGGCGAGCUUGACCCUGAGAUGGAAAUGGCCUAUGAGGGCCAGUACGAUGCCUACCGUGACCAGUUCCGCAUGCGUGGCGGCGACACCUUCGGUCCGAGGGCUCAGGGCUGGGCCCGGGAUGCCCGGAGCGGCCGGCCGAUGGCCUCGGGCUACGGGCGCAUGUGGGAAGACCCCAUGGGGGCCCGGGGCCAGUGCAUGUCUGGUGCCUCCCGGCUGCCCUCCCUCUUCUCCCAGAACAUCAUCCCCGAGUACGGCAUGUUCCAGGGCAUGCGAGGCGGGACCGCCUUCCCGGGCGGCUCGCGCUUUGGCUUCGGGUUUGGCAAUGGCAUGAAGCAGAUGAGGCGGACCUGGAAGACCUGGACCACAGCCGACUUCCGGACCAAGAAGAAGAAGAGGAAGCAGAGUGGCAGUCCUGACGAGCCGGACAGCAAAGCCACCCGGACGGACUGCUCAGACAACAGCGAUUCAGACAAUGAUGAGGGCACCGAGGGCGAAGCCGCAGAGGGCACUGAAGGCGCCGAGGCUGUGGAGAAGGGCUGCAGAGCAGAAGAGGACGAAGAGGGAAGAGAGGACGGGAGAGAAGAAGGCAGAGAGGACCCAGAGAAGGGGGCCCUGACCACCCAGGAUGAGAACGGCCAGGCCAAGCGCAAGUUGCAGGCAGGCAAGAAGAGCCAGGAUAAGCAGAAAAAGCGGCAGCGAGACCGAAUGGUGGAAAGGAUCCAGUUUGUGUGUUCUCUCUGCAAAUACCGGACCUUCUACGAGGACGAGAUGGCCAGCCACCUUGACAGCAAGUUCCACAAGGAGCACUUUAAGUAUGUAGGCACCAAGCUCCCUAAGCAGACAGCCGACUUUCUGCAGGAGUAUGUCACCAAUAAGACUAAGAAGACUGAGGAGCUCCGAAAAACUGUAGAGGACCUUGAUGGUCUGAUCCAGCAGAUCUACAGAGACCAGGAUCUGACCCAAGAAAUUGCCAUGGAGCAUUUUGUGAAGAAGGUAGAGGCAGCCCACUGUGCAGCCUGUGACCUCUUCAUCCCCAUGCAGUUUGGCAUCAUCCAGAAACACCUCAAGACCAUGGAUCACAACCGGAACCGCAGGUAGAAACACCCAGCAGUGUGAGAACAGCCAGUGUUCUUGGGCAGGCAAGAGGACCGGUUCAUUGAUUUAAUGCAGGUGGAGGAAGCAUGACUUGCAAACUUUUUGCUGAGUAAUUGGGCACUAUCACCUUGGGGAACCUGUCUGGUUAGAAUUAAAAACACUGACAUGGAAACAUAAGCGUAUUCUGGUGGUGUUUGGUUAUUGUUGCGAAAAUCUGGAAACAAUGUAAACGUGCCUCAGUUGGUAGAAUGUGUGGUGUAUCCAUCUGGGCAUCUGUAGGGGAGGAUAAUGUGUUGGCAAGUGAGAAAGAGUUGCUGAGGAACGGGUCUGUAGUAGUGUCUUAAUUGUGUAUCUUUAACUUAGCAUGCAUGAGGUCUUUUAAUACUUUCCCCCAGUCAUAGAAAAAAACGUGUAAAGAAAUAAAUGAAGGCAGAGGAAAGAGCCAGUGAGAUGGCUUUCAGAAACAUGCAAAUACAGUUGGCUGGGGCUCAGUAGGGUUCCUGGCAAUGGGCUCUCCCACCUCAGCAAAAAUAGCUUUGUCAUCCUCUCUCUGCUUAAGGUUUUAUAAUGAUGAACGUGAGAUUUGCCUGUACUCCACCACUGAGCAAGUGACCCAGCAUGUUGGUGUAAAUCCUUCCAGCCAAAAUGGCUCUAGAACACUACACAGCCCGCCCCAUCACAUACCUUUCUUACUGUGCCAGUAGAGAGAUGAGUCUGAUUUUAAGGGGUUGCUUGGUGUUCUUUUGAAUGUACGAUUUAUUUAACCACUUCUCCACUGAAGAGCAUUUAGGUGCUUUCCUGUUUUUCACCACUACAAGCAGUGUGCGUGUAUAUUUCCAAUUCUUAAAUUUGGGAUAAGUUCUGGGAAGGAAUUAGAUAGAUUUUUAUUCUUGAUAACAUUCUAUCAAACUUUCUAAAAAGUAUGUAAACAGUUGACCCACCAAGCAGAGAAGUGUCUCUUCAGCCUUGCUUUACUGAGAAUAAUUCUUCAUCCUCGGAACCCUGUGGGUUAAAAGGACAUAUAUCAUUUAAUCAUACUGUGAGACAUUUGCAUUCCUACUUUUAGACCUUCCUGCUGACUGCAAAGUGCCCUUUGCUUGUUGGGGCAGCUGGCUCCUUGCACACUUGGCACUUGGUAGGUUCUUAAUGUGUUCGGUUUGUAGUUUUUAUGUAAGCAAACCGGAUUUCUGCAGUACAGCCGUCAGGAUAACAGAUCUGUAUUUUUAAUCAAUCACAUACAGUAAGUAUGGUGUGGAAGGAUAGGGCAUUCGGACAAGAAUCAGAUCAGGUUGUGGUUCCAUUCGUUGGCCCGCAGGUAUGGGGGUCCCCUUUGAUCUGGCGGGGUGGGGGUGGGGGCUUGCAGGGCACCCCGAGCAGCCUCUCCAGCCCCUUCUGCCCUGU